AUGAAGAAAGAAAAGCCCGACCCAGAAGUUGAACCCAGAACCCCUGUUUGUGUUUUCUCGCAAGAAAGGCAAACCAAGUCAUUAGAGGAGUUGGAAAUGCACUAUGAAGAUGAAAAAAAUUCCAUGAUCGCUAUUACUGAAUCAGAUGAUAUUAUUUACGAUGAAUUUUAUGACGAAAUGGAUAAUAGAGUAAAAACGGACAAUUCAAUGGAUAUUAUCUUCUUUGGACCUCACAGUUCAUUUUUGAGAUUAGACUCUGAAACAAUUUUACAUUUAUUAACAACAAUUAAAAAGGAUCACAUACCUAGAUCUAGAGCUUUGCUAGCGUGGGAUAUUAUCACUGAUGGCAAAACUGCAGCAUUUCUACAGGGCCGAGAAUUUUUAGCAUUUGAACGGUUGUUAAAUGUUAUACCAGAAGAAGAUUUGUAUUAUGCUGAUUUUGGAGACUCAUCUGUAUUUAACUAUUUUUCAAAACGUUAUGUCCCUAUAACCAAUAGAAAGUUCGGAAUAUUAGCUGCUGCAUACAGACGGUAUUAUGGCAAUGAUUGGUAUAGAACUGCUUCGCAUAUAAAUGAAUUAGGAUAUUUGAUAUGCGCAUUUCCUACACAUGAUCUAAAAAGAAUAGCACCAGAUACAUUUAAAGAACUUACGUUUGAUGUAUUGAGUAAGCUAGAUAGAUGUAGCGUGGAACAGACUAAGGCUCUUUAUGAUAUUGCUACUCAUCCCGACGCCUAUGGAGAACCAUAUAAAUGGUCAUCACAUGAAGUUGGCCGAUUGAAUAUCUUAUUUAAUUGUAUAUCAAGUCAACAAAUAAGUUCCAUACAAUUAGAAGCUAUUACAGCAAUUAGUACAAAUGUUUUGAAAAGUAUGAAUCAGAAAAAAUUAGGAUUUUUCACCAUGCAACAAAUUUUGAGAAUGAAUCCGAAAACUCGACGUAUUUAUAUUUUAAGAAUACAAUUAAAAAAUAGUCUCGACACCAGUCAAAUUAGCAGAAAAAGCUCUAACAAAAUAGAAUCUGGUAUUUUUUUAACACUUGAGAGCAUGGUCACCCUAAUUGUGGUGUUCAUCGGGCGUAUCCCGCAGGACUGCUUCGAGGACACGCUGGUGCCACUGUUGCAGCGCGCGGGCGAGCUCUACGAGUUCCGCCUCAUGAUCAACUUCUCCGGCUGGAAUCGCGGGUACGCUUUCGCGAUGUAUACUACGGAAACCGGAGCCUGCAACGCUAUACGUCUGUUCAACAACUACAUGAUCAGACCGUCCUGGCAUUUAGGUGUGUGCCCGUCGAUCAACAACUGCCGCAUAUUCAUAUCGCGGAUCCCGGCGACGAUGCCGUCGGCGGAUAUCGUGAGCUUGCUGUACGCGCUGACGGACGACGUGAAGGAGGUCCGCAUCCGCCGCACGGCCGCCUCGUGCGCCGCCAUCGUGGAGUACCACUCGCACCGCGGCGCCGCCAUGGCGCGCAAGACGCUGGUCGCGGCCGCCACGGCCACGUGGGGCGGCGGCGCGCGCCCCGCCGUCGACUGGUCGCUGCCACAGUCGCCGCAGAUGAUGCGCCAGUAUCGCGAGACCGGUCGCUGGACGCCCGACGGCGGCGUGGAACUGCGGCACGCGGACGAGCCGGCGGCGCCGCCGGGCGCGCACGAGCAGGAGCGGCGCCUGCGCUUGAUCCAGACGGCGCAGCGCAACGCCGUCAUUGCGGCCAUCGCUGAGGCCUCGACCAGCGGUAACGGAUGGUUCGCUCAACCGUACGACGCGGAUUCUCACGCGUCGUCCACGCCGUCGCCGAGCACUUCGGGCUCCAACUACAACGUGUGGGCUGCGCCGGACCCGCCCGCGGGGACCUCCGCCGGGACUCCGCCCCAGGACUUCAACCCGUGGACCACUAAGUACCCGCAUUACGAUUUCCUUCUGCCCCCUAAGGACGAGGAGUGA